CGCGAGCUGUGCAAAAAGCAGCGCGACGCUGCGGUACUGGGGCCGUCUGAGCGCGUGGCGUACGGAGCACAACGCAUACAAGACGGACUGACCAGCGCUGCGCUGCCGCACGCCGCCACAGCUCCACACCUGCACACGCUGCAGCCAGCCUCAAAGUACUUGCAGAGAGGCGCAUUCGACAGCAUCGAUGCGAGCGAUACGAAAAAUAGCGCUUGGCCGCGCGCCGAGGACGCCUGCAUCACUGUCAUCAUCUGCAAGCGCCACGCGCGGAGCUACGCGCGGAGCCGCGUCAGGCGCAAGCGAUGCCGACCGCCACCGCAGCACGAUCUUCGACCGGCGCAACGUCGAGUUUUUGUUGUGGGAGCAGCC